UAACAUUCUCACAGUGUGGUGGACCUGGUUUAAGCGCUUGUUGAAGUGUUACAGUUUCACUUCAUUUGUUUGGUUAUCAACAUCCUCUUUUUCAAGUCACUGUAUCAGGGGGUUAUAAAUGGUUGCAGCAGGCAGAUUUUAAAGAGUCUAUGAAUAGAAGAAUUAGACUGAGCAACAGGGAAUGGAUUGUGAAUAGUUUUCCUGUACAGAGUAUCUACUAGAUCCAGGCAGCGCUCCAGGAAUGGAUAGAUUUAGGACUCUCAAGCUCUUCAUUGCAGUUUCACUGCUAGUUGGUGUGUGUCACUGCUUGUGGGUGUCUGUGGAUUCAGUCAAUGCCGUCAGAGGUAGCUGCGUGUUAGUGCCGUGCAGCACUGUGGCUUACAGUAAAGUUGCCUGGUACAAGUAUGUGAGCAGGGGAUACCCAACUGUGUACUCUAAUGACUACAGUGAGAUAUUAAGUGAGUUUAGGGGAAGGACAUCAGUCCCAGGAUCUCGUUAUAGUGGAGACUGCAGUUUAAGGAUUGACAACGUCCAGUACAGUGACCGUGAGGUGGGCCUGUACGUAUGGGUCUGGGAUAGAGAUGGGUACAACCAAGGAUUUUAUGAAGAUCAUCAAAUCAUCAAAAUAAAUGUCUUUUCUCCUUCAUCUCCUCAAAUAUCUGUUGGAAGCAAACAGGUAGAGGGCAAGCCUUUUACUGCAACAUGCAAAUUCCGUCAUUCCUGCCGCUCGUCUUCACCACAGAUUUACUGGCACGGUGCGAGUCCUAUUUCUAAUACAUUGUCCGACCCAAAGGAAUCAGCGGGAUUAUGGGAAACUGAGGGAACUGCUACAUUUAAAGUAACUCAGAACACAAGUCUCAGCUGCAGCAGCUAUCUCAGUGGAACAUCUUACUCGAGUUCUUCAGUUUUUAUCAAUGUCUUGUAUGCACCCAAGAAUGUGAAAAUAAAUUACACAAGAAGCAGCACUGUAGACGAGGGCAACAAGAUCUCACUUCAAUGUACCAGCAACAGCAACCCUGCAGUCACAGCAUAUGAAUGGCUCGUCACCCAAAACACCACCACCACCCACUACAGGGAAAAUCCUCUUGUCCUUCAAAAUGUCAGGAGAGACACGUCUGUUUCUUGCAUCGCCACUAACUCUGUUGGAACGGGCCAAUCACAGCAGUUAUCUCUCAGUGUUAAUUAUGCCCCAACAGAUGUGAAAGUAGCUUACACAGGAAGCAGCUCCGUGAUCGAGGGUGGCCAGAUCUCACUUACAUGUACCAGCAUGAGCAGGCCUGCACCCACACACUAUGAGUGGCUCAUUUUCCCAAACAGCACCACUUUCAGCCAAAAAGGAAGUACUGUUGUCCUUCAAGAUGUGAGAAGAGAAAUGUCUGUUUCCUGCAUCGCCAAUAACUCUAUGGGACACGGCGAAUCAAAGCAGCUGUUGCUGAAUGUCCAUUAUUUGCCAUCCAUCUUGCCAUCCUCAGUUUGUUUCACUAGAAAUGGAAUAUUAACGUGUGAAUGCCAAGCUGAGGCUAAUCCGAAUGCUAACAUUUCUUGGACUGUAAAUGGCAGGAGUGCAUUUUUUCCAAUAUUCAACAUCACAACCCAGCACAACGGAAGCCUAACGGUGUCAGAGUUGACUGGGCCUCAGGGCCACAAUGUCACCUGCACAGCAGCAAACAGUGUGGGCCAAGAAUUUACCCAGAUUCUUGUUCAGUUUCAAGGGAAUGCUUUAGCACUGGUGGUAGCUGGGGCAGCUGGGGCAGCCGGGGUGUGUAUCAUCAUAAUAAUUGCUGUGGCAGUGAUCGUGAUUUGUAAGAAAAGGCGUCAUGCAGAGCCAAGUGGAGACCUUACCAUUGCCCAGCCUACAAAGCAUGAGAGAAGGUGCCAUGACUACCAUACAGAUUCAGAUGAAGACCUGUAUGCAAAUACACAGCAGGUUCAACGGGCUUAUAAAGAACAGAUCAGAGAUUCCUGUAUCUAUGCGAAUUAUGACCUACCUUUCUAAUUCAAGAGGAAUCAACAUGACAAGAUGUUUAACUGAGAAUGUUUUCUUCCCUGCUGCAGUACAGAACUGAGAUUUAAUAGCAUUUACCUUUACAUUGCCUAAACUUUAAAUAUAAAUACGGUGGCACCGUAAGAAGAAAAAUUUUGCACGAAAUUUUAAUUUGAAGACAGUAAAGAUUUUGUGCAGCCAGUGCCAAGAAGAAUAAUAAAUGCGAGGUUUAAUAUCUAGUUUUUUUUUUAUAUUUUACUUCAUGUAGAUGUCUUUUCUAAAUGUUUUGAUUAUUUUACAUGCAAAAAUAUAAUUAUUGUGUUGUAAAUUGGUAAUAUUGGAAAUAUUUUUUGGCUGGCUAGACCGAAUUUUUUGGAUUUACAUUAUUUCCUAUGGGAAAAUGUGUUUUGCAAUACAAGAAUUUAUGAUCUUGCCUCCGGAAGGGAUUGAAAUCAUAUGUCAAGGUACCACUUAUAAUAUAAGCAAGCACAGGCUUUAUAUUAUUAUAUAUUAAAAAAUGCAGCCUUUCUUCUAUAUAUAUAUAUAUA